CUAAGUAUUGUCAGUAGAAGAGGAGGAGCUGCUGUUACAUUUCCCUAAAGCUGCACUAGAACUAGUUAAGUUAGGUGUUAGUGGUGAACACUGGCACAGACAGUCCACAGAGCAGCAUCAGGAUGGAAGGGGUCUUCAUUGGUGUCUUGUGUCUCUCAGGGUGCCUCACCUUCUCCACAUGCCUCCUCCAUCAGUACCACUUUGUGUCUGAUGUAAUGAAUUGGACUGAAGCUCAGAGCUACUGCAGAGAGAAGUACACAGACCUGGCCACUAUUGAAAACACUGAAGAAAUGAAGAAACUUAAAGACACAGUUUCUGCUGCUGGUAACAGCUCUGAGGUUUGGAUUGGCCUGUACAGUCAUAUUGACUGGAAGUGGUCAGAUGGGUUCAACCAGAGUGGAGCUGAAUAUAGGAACUGGGUUCCUGGUAGACCAAACUAUUAUGACGCCAAUCAGCUCUGUGUGGUCCAGUAUUACGCUGGAAAAUGGUAUGAUUAUAUCUGCCAUCAACAGUUUCCAUUUGUUUGCUACAGAGGAACAUUAGAGGAUUCUGACUUUGUGCUAGUGAAUACAGCAAAGACUUGGUCUGAGGCUCAGAGGCACUGCAGAGAACACUACACAGAUCUGGUCACUAUGAGGAACGACACUGACAACAACAAGAUACAGACCUUGAUAGCAUAUCAUAAUUAUGCAUGGAUUGGUUUGUACAGAGAUCCUCAGAUUUACUGGUCCGACGGGAGUAACUACUCAUUCAGCUCCUGGUAUCAGGGUAAACACCCACUUGGCUCGAUGAAAGUCAUAUGUGGUGUUGCCGAUUUGGAGCAGGGAGGAAACUGGAGGUUAUGUUCCUGUGAAGAAAGAAAACCAUUUGUCUGCUACAGCGUCCCAACAGUGAAGACGUUGGUGAAGACGUUGGUGAAGGUGAAGCUAGAGGACUCCUCUGCGGACCUGAAUGACCCUGCUGUGAAAGAACAGAUUCUGAAACAGCUCCAGGACAGACUGAAGGAGAACGGACUGAGUGGCGUCACCUUGAAGUGGAAAGAACAGGCUGAUGGGAAAGUUUUCCACAAGGAGGAGAAAAGAUCUGACAAGAAAAAAAAGACUGAGCUUUAAUAUUUUAAUUCAACUUUCAUUGCAUGUGCUAAUGUUUCAUGUCUGCAUGUAUACACACCUCUAUCACUGUACGCAGUUAAACCAUACCAAUGAAUGAUGUUGUAGAAAAACUAGCCUUUGUGUGAUUAUAUGUUUAAACUGUGCAUCUGUGUAUAAAGAGCAUCAGAACUUUAUGCAGCCUGGGAAGAAUGUCUCAAUAACAACCGACACAGGGAGAGUCUCCAUCUGAAGAAAAAUGUAAUUAGUUGUCCCAACAUUCCCAAAACAGGAAUGUACACACUGCAUGUACAACACACAUACACAAAUGUAUAUAUACAUACAUACAUAAAAUAUGUUAGGAGGAAUUAUGGUUAACUUAUUUCACAUGACAGUGGAAUAUUUCCAUUUUUAAUUUGAUAACUUUAUUAAACAUGGCUUUUACAUCGGGCUAUAGAGUGUAAACAUUGUGCUGCUGUGACUACAAGCAGCUACAGAGCUCACAGUGUAUGAUAGGGUUGUCAGUGCUACACUCAAGCUGUGACUCUUAUUGAAGGGAUCAUAAACCUACAAGUCUGUGUUAUUGUCUUAUGAUCGUAUGAGACUUUUUCUGCAUGUGUGUGUGUUUCCUGGAGGAGUCCUCCUUCCUCUUCUUUGAGUGAAAGAGAGAGAACACAUCCUGACAUUAGAAAAACAGUUAUUGGGUCAUUAUUAAUUCUUAUCACUCAGGAAUAUUUGGAUGAUGUUUGUUCUGUCUAUUGUUUCUUUACAGUGAGAGAAACUAGAAAUGUCUCCUGAUGUACUUGUUGGUUAUCACUUCAUUAAUCUGCUCUGUGAUGGUUCUUCAAGACAAACUGACACUUUGGAACUUUUUGACUCCGUCUGGUUUCAGACUCCUUCACUAAUUCUCCUUGUGAAUGAGAUUUCCGCUCAACUGAUUCAGGUGCAUGUUUCCUAAAGUAAUGAUGCUGGGAUUGAUAUUAUCAAAAAAUAAUCAGGGAUUUCAAUUUAAACACAACAUCAAUAAAAACGUUGUAUUCCACCAAGA